AUGAAGCGGCAAGUUGCAAUAGACUCUUUCUUUGUGAAGAAAACAAAGACUGUUAAUAAAGAUGCUGAUGAAGAAUCUCCAUCUCCAAGCCAAAAAGAACCUCCAAGGCCACUGACGUCCUCAAUCACACUAGAAGAAGAAAGUGUGAAAUCUUUAAGUGAACCUCAAUCGGGUCAAAAUGAAUUGCGAAUCCCUGUUCGUGAUUUUGGUCUCUUACUGGAGAAAAAAAAUGCAGUAACUGAUUACGAACGUUAUGAUUGGUUUCAUAACCAUUGGACGCCUCCGCCUGCAUUCAAGUUUCCUGUAAAACGGGAAGGGAAUAAAAAUCGAUCGUUUCAAACAAGUUGGCUUAAUCAGUAUUCGUGGUUGGUGUAUAGCGAGGAAUUGGGUGGUGGACUUUGCAAGGCGUGUGUUCUUUUUGGACGUGGUGAAGGUGGGAAAAGUGACGGGAAACUCGGUAACUUGGUAAUCGAACCCUUGACAACUUUCAAAAAGGCGACGGAGAUCUUUAAGAAACACGAUCGUGCACAGUACCACAUUAAUAAUAUGAAAGCUGCCACACACUUAUCCAACAUAUUGAGCGGGAAAGAUGACGAUGUUGUAACGCAACUGAACACAGCCCAAAAAGCGUUGGUAGAAGAAAAUAAAAGAAAGUUAAUCCCCAUAAUUAAGACGAUUAUGUUUUGUGGAAUUCAAAAUAUACCACUGAGAGGCCAUAGGGAUGACGGUGAAUUGCUAAACGUCUCAACUGAAACUGAACAAGAUCGAAGAAAUGAUGGUAACUUUAGGGCUCUUUUAAGGUUCAGAAUCGACGCAGGUGAUAAAGACCUUGAAUCGCACAUCCAGUCAUGUGGGAAAAACUCAUCAUACAUCAGCAAAACAAUUCAAAAUGACUUAAUCCAAUGUUGUGGUGAAGUAAUUACAAAUAAGAUUGUUUCAAAAGUAAAAUCUUCCAAAUAUUUCACAAUUAUGGCUGAUGAGACAACUGAUAUGUCAACAAAAGAGCAGUUGUCCAUUUGCAUAAGGUAUUUAGAUAAAGUGAAGUUUGAAAUCAAAGAAGAUUUCUUGAUGUUUCUCAAUGUAGUAGACCUAACAGGAGAAGGCAUUUCAAAGAAGAUACUUGAAACGCUAUGCAGCCUGGGGAUUGACAUUAAUGAUUGCAGAGGUCAAGCUUACGAUGGAUGUUCUAAUAUGAGUGGCAGAUUUUCAGGCGUACAGGCAAGAAUCAAGACCAUACAGCCUCUAGCUGUGUACUGUCAUUGUGCUAGUCACAAGCUUAAUUUGGUGAUAAGUAAAGCCUGUUCAAUACCACAAAUAAGAAAUGCUGUUGGAGUUGUGUCAUCUGUAUCAAACUAUUUUAGGGAUUCCGCUAAGAGACUACACUCACUUGAAGCAGAGAUGGGCGAAGAUUUUAAAAAAGGAAAGAAUGCAGUGAAGAAGAUGUGUGAAACCAGGUGGAUUGAGAGGCAUGAUGCCGUGUUGACAUUCCUCAGUUCUUUGCCCACAUUACACAUUGUGUUGGAGACUAUGGCACAUUCUAAUGAUGAAGGUGGAAAUAAAGCGUUUUCUCUGCUACACGCUAUUGUUUCAUCUGAGUUCAUCAUAGGUCUGGUCGUUUUGGAACAUUUCAUGAACCUUACACUUCCUCUAGCAAAGCAACUCCAAGCUGAGUAUAUGGAUGUACUUAGUGCAUUGGCUCUAGUAGACGCAACACUUAAAUCUCUCAAUGAACAAAGAACCGACUGUAUCAAGAAUUUCAAAAUACUUUAUGAAAAAGCUCAACAACUCGCUACUAAAAUGGGAUCAGAUAUAAAAAAGCCUAGAAUCAUUGGUUCUCAAAGACACAGAUCAAAUAUUGACUGUGGGACACCAGAAGAAUAUUUCAGAACUUCUAUUUACGUCCCUUUUUUGGAUUUUCUUAUCAGUGAACUUAAUAGCCGAUUUCCUAAAACAGAAUUGUCACAAAUUGGCAAACUUCAAAUGCUCCUACCUGCUGAAGGAAGGUUUCAAGAAGGGUUUCAAGAUUUGGUAUUGGAGGGAGCUAGACUGUAUGCAAACGAUCUGCCAUGCUACGAUGCACUGAAAGGAGAACUAAGCAUAUGGAAACACAUGUGGGCUUCAAGAUCUCAGGAUUUCCCCAAGUGUCCAGCUCAUGCUAUGAGGUACACAACAUCGCUGCCGAAUAUAAGUGUUUUGAUUCAAAUCAUAUGCACAAUUCCCGUCACCACUUCAACGGCUGAGAGGUCAUUUUCAGCUCUCCGGAGACUGAAAACUUAUCUAAGGACGACAAUUACGGAGGAAAGACUAAAUGGACUUGCCAAUUUGCAUAUAAACCAAUCUGUAUCCUCAAAAAUCUCAGCAGAUGAGGUUUUAACUCUGUUUGCUAAAAAACAUAAAAGAAAGUUAUCUUUUGCUUUAAACUAA